AUGUCAUUUCGUGAUUACUGGAGUGGAGAAGGUCCAGACGACGACAAGCUUGUAAGUGCGCACGGAAGGCCCAUUAACAUCAUGAUCAAGAAGGAUGAUGACACCAUCAUUACAGGCUCACAAGACCAUUCGGCAAAAGUCAUUAAGGUCUCAAAAGCAAAAGUAGAACGAGAGUUGUAUACCAAGGCAUAUGGUCAUAAAGAAUGGGUCACGGCACUCGCCUACAGCGACUGCACUGGAAAAAUCAUCACUGGAGGAAUGGAUAGUAAAUUAUGUGUUUGGGAAAGUAAAGGUCCAGUGAAGUGUGUGGAUUUACUGGGACACUCGGGAAGUAUUUCUCAAGUGUCGUGCUCGCCCAAUCUUCCAGUGGCAAUCUCUUCGAGUUAUGACAAAUCAUUGAAAAUUUGGAAUUUGCAAAAUAAUACAUGCAUGAACACACUGAUUAAUUCGAAACUCGGUCACGAUAAGGCCAUUAAAACAUUUUUGUGGAAUAAUUCUCUGAUAUGCAGCGGUGGAAGAGAUGGUUUGGUAUGCAUGUGGGACGUACAAUCUGGAGAUUUAAUAUCAGUGGGAGAUGAACAUAAGGCACCGGUACAGUGCUUGGUGUCUGAUGAAAGCAGAGAUACAAUUUUGAGUGGAGGCAUGGAUGGCUCUGUGCAAAUAUGGGAUCUGAGGACGGCCAAUAAUAUCGGAGGAGCAGAAAAUGUCAUCCGAGGUAGUAUUAACGAUAUGAAGUUAGCGAAUGAGAACAUGUUGGUCGUGGGAGGAAGCGACAAGACGAUUCGAGUUUUGGAUCCAAGAAAGAAUUAUGCUCAGGUCAUUUCUAUUAAGGAUCAUGUUGACGUGAUUACACAAUUACAAGUGGUGGAUGACUUGUUAUUGAGCUGUGCUGCCAAUGGUUGGGUCCUUGUGAGCGACCUGACCAAUCAUGGAGUUUGUAUGUAUGGUGUGGGAGCAAGUGAGGCAACCUCAUCAUGCAACUGUAUUUUGGCAAUGGAGCCACAUUAUCUGUGUACAGCUGGUGAUGACGGAAAUGUUAUCAUUUUUAAUUCCAUGUAG